AAACUUGUCUGCAUUAGUCAUGAAUGCUAAGGUCAUCUUUUCGUUCUGCCUCGUGGCUGUGGCAUUGGCCCGCCCCGACGACUCCCAUUCCGAGGAAGGGUAUGGGUACUCGGAACCCGAGCGCCCUCUUAGCUACCAUGCCGAUUCCCACGAAGAUAAACACUCUAAGGGGAUGCCCUUCGACUUCUCCUACGAAGUCGAAGACCACUACAAGAGCCUCGACUUCGGCCACAACUCGAACUCAGACGGCCAAGUGGUGAAGGGAGAAUACCGCGUCCUCCUCCCCGACGGUCGCACCCAGAUCGUCACUUACACCGCCGACCACUACAAGGGGUAUCAGGCCGAGGUCAGGUAUGAGGGCGAGGCCACGUACCCUGAACCCAAGCCCUACGCACCUGCUCCAUCUUACGGAGCUCCCAAGGAAUCCUACGGUGCCCCCGCUCCUUCUUACGGAGUUCCUAAAGCAACCUACGGCACUCCAGCUUCGUCUUCCGAGGAACCAGAGGAUUCCUAUGAGGCACCAGCAUCCCUGUACGGUGCACCCGACCACUAAACAGACUGUUUUUGGCCUAUUUAAGAUGCUGUAGUAAUUUAUUUAUAUGGAGAACCCGAUCUGCGAAUGAAAAUAAACAAGUAGCCUGCAUAUGGUGUGUCUACGUAUUUGACCAAAACAACAAUAUUCAGAUUUUAGUCAUGAAAUAGAGUUGGAUGUGAUUUUGUUACUCAGUCAAUAGAAUUGAUGCCUAUAAUAUGCUUUUGAAAUUGAAUAAAAUUUAACCAAAUAAAAACUAACGUGUCUUAGAUAACUUCUUUGCUUUA